GUAGUUUAUCGGAAGCUUGAAUAAACUGCGCUGUGAGCUGAUUCCCUCCUUCCUUCUUUGUUGACGAAUGAGUACUGAGUACGAGUAUUUUGAUUGCUUGUAACACAGGUGGUGUUAGUGUCUGUGAAUUCCAGCUUCUAUAUUCCAAGACAUAAGUGUUCUUUUUCAUCGUUGAAGUGGUAAGAAUUCCUUCGUAAAAAUGUCAUGCAAAAUACAAAACAAAAGGCAAUAUAAAAAUAAAUCGUCCCCCUACAUGAGAUGCCCUUCAAGUAGCAACACCUGUAAUAAACCAACAGAGCUUCAAACUAAGCAAGAUUAUGGAGAUUUAAUACGUUCUUAUAGUUAUCUGAACGACUGCUCUCUGAAGGUUGGCGACCCGAAUCUUGGACAACCUCGAUUGAAAAAAACUAAGAGGCGUUUUCAAUGUGAUGUGUGGUUUGUUCAAGGAGAUAAUUAAAGUCUGCCGAUUUACCCUGCUGAUUCACAGUUCUGUGUUCCGGACAAUGCUAGACGACGGUCCAUUGGGCGAUCCAUCUGGAGAGCACACACACAUUAAGGAUGUGGAGCCUCAUAUCUUCAAAUUGAUGCUCAGGCAUAUGUACGGCUGUUUGGACGACCCGAAAGAUAUCCCUUUAGAGAUGCGUGAGGAUCUGAUCCUGUGUGCGGAUAAGUACAACGUCCAGCCUCUCAUAGCCAAAGUUGGCAGACUGCUGAUGCCUACCCAAGUCUCUAAUGUGUUUCCAGCCUUGCGUUGUUCAUCUAUCAUCUCUAUUCCAGAGUUAGAGAUAGCAGUAACUUAUAUUGUUCAGAACAAUUCAUGUGAUAUUCUUAAUCAUGCAGAAUUCCUGAAAUUGAAUGAUCUUGCUGUGGAAUUUAUUGUUAAAGUGUUACUUAAUAACGAGCUUGUGAUUUGGAAUGCACUUGUUAAAUGGGCGGAGCACCAAGCUACCAUCACACCUGGAUCCUCUCUUAGACAACUGAUGACCAAACCCUUAAGACAUAUUCGUUUUGCAACCAUGAAGCAUAAGGAUAUAGUGGAGAGCGUCAUUCCCAAAAAUAUUCUGUCUCCUGAAGAAAUUGUGCAAGUAUACCAAGCUAUAGAGAAGAAUAAGACUUUUGUAGUACCAGGCCUGUGUGGGAACAUAGCUGUAAGGAGUAAACCGAAUACGUUUGGUUUGACAAAGUAUUAUUAAAUAUAAACUUGAAAAAACUUUACAUUAAGAUUUUUAGAAUUAAUUAUAUCUUAAAAACGUUUUGUCAUAUUGGAGGAAAUCAUUCUUGGUAUUUUUAUUCGCAAUGGUUCCAAUUCCAACUGCUUUUUGGGGAGAGGUUCGUCACAAAAUGCUCAAUAUCGGUAGUGUGAGAAUCUCUAACACACAAAUAUUUUUAUCAUUUGUUAUAGUUUGCUACUGGCAGGAAUUAUAUAUUGACUUUAAUUUAACCCUUUCAGUCCCAUUUUGCACUGAAUUCAUUUAAUUUUGUAAAACUGUUAAAAAACAACAGCUUUGGAAUUUUUAGAUUUUUUAAAUUACUUUUUUGGAAAAUAAAGUAAAAAAAAAAACUCACUGCGAUAUAUUGUUUCAAAUAAGCUCCUUGGGUUUGAAUAAUACUAUUGAAUUAAAAGUAAAGUUAAUUUAUUUAAAUACAUUGUAUAUAAAUGUUCUUAUAACAAGGUUAACAAAUAUUGAAAUGUAGAAAAUACAGAUCAAAACUUCAACCAGUAAUUUUGCGUGUGGUAUGGAUUAAUAAAACAGUCUUUACAAACUGGUACUUCAAAUUCUUUGCAAUUGGUCUUUGCAUGUAUUUCUAUUCUAUUUCGGGAACAUCUUGUACACUGUCUUCUGAAUGUGCCUUGUAUUGGAAGAUGGGAACCCACAUCAAUCAUAGCCUUAAACCUCUUGCUAGCUCUACCCUUCCUCUUGCCUCUCUUUAUAUAUGAAUCUUAUCGACCUGUUGCAAUCAGCUGUUCAGCUAGAGGUGGAGUGUAAUCAAUUAGUGACAAUCAGCUGUUCAUCUAGAAGUGGAGUGUAAUCAAUUAGUGACAAUCAGCUGUUCAUCUAGAGGUGGAGUGUAAUCAAUUAGUGACAAUCAGCUGUUCAGCUAGAGGUGGAGUGUAAUCAAUUAGUGACAAUCAGCUGUUCAGCUAGAGGUGGAGUGUAAUCAAUUAGUGACAUUUUCUAUGAGAGGACAGGGUUAGUCUUACUAAUACUCUAGGUGGACUAAGUGAGAAUAUCUAGUAUUGUAACAAUGAAAGUUGCUGUUGAGUUUAAGUGUAUGUAAAUUACGUUUAACACACAGUAAAGUAACAAAUAUAUACUGGUUUACAACAGUUAA